UCAUGGGGUGGACUCCUUUCACACUAAGCAAAAUGCAAGAGGUCAGGGUGGGGCCAGAGGCACCCCUCCCUCCUCCAACGCAAGAAACAUUUCCUCUUUUUAGAGUACAGGCGGAGUUGGAAUGCAGCCCCUUCCAAACAGGAAAUCACCAAGUUUCUAGGGUAAAACUGGUGCCAUUUUUACAAAGGUCAAGUUUCUCACUCACCGGGUCAUUGUUUCCUGUGCACCUACUACGCGCUAGGAACGUGACGCGCGGUUGUUGCAGAUUUAACGCUACCCUGAGGUUUUAAAGAAAGGACGGGCAGGCGUGCGCGUGUACACACACACACACACACACACACACACACAGCAAAGCUCACAGGAGAAAGCUUUUAGGGAACUGCAAUGUCUUUCUUCUAAAACGUAAAAAUGUCACCUCUCCCAGGAGUCCUCCCGGGUGAGUCCCCAGCGGGGAAAGUGGCCUGGGCGCGAAGGGAAGAGAACUGGAGAGGCGGGCGGAGUGAGAAGGUGGAGGGGCAGAGCGGGACUUGGCCGGCAAGCUGCGCCAGAGGCAGGUGCCAGCUGAGAGUGGGCGGAGGUGCGGGCACCAGGCCAGCGGGGGGUGAGGGGGCGGGGAGGGCGCGUUACCUCUGUCUCCAGGAGUGCCGGCGCGCACACAAGCUCGCCAGGAGGCGCCCCCCGGUUUGCCAACUCCCCACUUGCGCCGUCUGUGCCAGCCUGGGGCACGGUCGUCCCCGCCGCCCGCAGAAGGAGCCGCGGGCGCAGCCGCUGCAGCGCCGAGCAGCAGCAUCCGCGGGAGAGACGCCCCAGACUCCGCAGCCGCUCCCCUGUUCCCGGGGGCGAGCGAGCGCCGCGGCCCGCUCUCUGCGCUCCUCCUCGCCUUCGCUCGUGCCCCUCGCCGCGCCGCCACCCGGGUGUUGACAGCCAGCCCCUGCGCCCCUAGCCCUUCACCUGCGGCAGGGACCCGAUCAGGCGAGAGGGCACGGAGGAGAAAAGGCGCGAGACACGAGCACCCGGGAGACCUGGUCGCCUCGUCGCCUCUAGGCGCGGAGAAGCGAGCGACGCCCGCCAACACCGGGUGCCCAAGUUCAGGGGUGACACUCUCAAAAGGAAGGCUUUACCACUAGGUGAGCAUUCCGGUCCUGCUGAACCCGAUUGACCCACGGGGACUCCAGGUGACUCCAGUGCCUGCGCCCCAGCGCCCACCCGGGUCCCCGGAGACCGCCCGCUCGCCUCCGGCGCCGACCUCGGCCCGCGCGCCUGGCUGCCCCGCGCCCGCCCGGGCUGGGCCAUGCCGGGGCUGCGCCGGGACCGCCUGCUGACUCUGCUGCUGCUGGGCGCUCUGCUCUCGGCCGACCUCUACUUCCACCUCUGGCCCCAGGUGCAGCGUCAGCUGCGGUCGCGAGAACACCCGCCCGUCUGCCCGUGCGCCGCCAGCCGCGCCUCCUUCCCGCCGGGGGAUUCGGCCGCAGCCUCCUCGGACCCUGGCAAGGGCGCGCACAACUUUUCCCAAGCCGGGCCCAAGGCUGAGCCCGAGGGCGGCGGCCGCGGCUUCUCGGACUCCAAACUGCAGGCCCUUUUCGCCCACCCUCUGUACAACGUCCCGGAGGAGCCCUCUCUCCUGGGGCCCGAAGACUUGCUGGUGGCCAGCCAGGAGGCGCUGCGGUAUUACCGGAGGAAGGUGGCCCGCUGGAACAGACGACACAAGAUAUACAGGGAGCAGAUGAACCUCACCUCGUCCGAGCCCCCGCUGCAGCUGCGACUCGAGGCCAGCUGGGUCCAAUUCCACCUGGGCAUCAACAGCCGCGGGCUCUACUCUCCAUCCAGUCGUGUGGUCAGCGACCUCCUACACGACAUGAGGCACUUCCCCACCAUCAGCGCCGAUUACAGUCAGGAUGAGAAAGCCUUGCUGGGGGCCUGUGACUGCACCCAAAUUGUGAAACCCAGUGGGGUCCACCUCAAGCUGGUGCUGCGGUUCUCGGACUUUGGGAAGGCCAUGUUCAAACCCAUGAGACAGCAGCGAGAUGAAGAGACGCCCGCAGACUUCUUCUAUUUCAUUGACUUUCAGAGACACAACGCCGAGAUUGCAGCGUUCCACCUAGACAGGAUCCUGGACUUCCGGCGAGUACCACCAACUGUGGGGAGGCUGGUCAAUGUCACCAAGGAAAUACUAGAGGUGACCAAGAAUGAGAUUCUGCAGAGUGUAUUCUUCGUCUCUCCAGCCAGCAACGUGUGCUUCUUCGCCAAGUGUCCGUACAUGUGCAAGACCGAGUACGCCGUCUGUGGCAACCCGCACCUGCUGGAGGGCUCCCUCUCUGCCUUCCUGCCGUCCCUCAACCUGGCCCCCAGGCUGUCUGUACCCAACCCCUGGAUCCGCUCCUACACGCUGGCAGGAAAAGAGGAGUGGGAGCUCAACCCUCGCUACUGUGACACAGUGAAGCAGAUCUACCCCUACAACGGCAGCAGGCGGCUGCUCAACAUCAUCGACAUGGCCAUCUUCGACUUCCUGAUAGGCAAUAUGGAUCGCCACCAUUAUGAGAUGUUCACCAAAUUCGGGGACGAUGGCUUCCUUAUUCACCUUGACAAUGCCAGAGGGUUUGGCCGACACUCCCACGAUGAGCUGUCCAUCCUCGCGCCUCUCUCCCAGUGCUGCAUGAUAAAGAGGAAAACACUUCUGCACCUGCAGCUGCUUGCCCAGGCCGACUACAGACUCAGUGACGUCAUGCGAGAGUCGCUGCUAGACGACCAGCUUGCCCCCAUCCUCACAGAACCCCACCUGCUCGCCCUGGACCGCAGACUCCAAACCAUCCUAAAGACAGUGGAGCAGUGUGUCGAGGCCCAUGGAGAGCAGAAUGUCAUAGCCGACAGCCCAGCCGAACAAUCAGCCUGAGGCUCUGGCCAGGCAAAUUUGGCAAGC